GGUUCAUGAGUUCAUCGCUGGCGCUCGUCACCUCAACAUACAAACACACACACACACACACACUCUCGCUCAUCCGCCGCCCCCAGACACACACACAGACCAUGAUGGGUCGUCUCUCACGUCUGCUGCCCCGGGGACACGUCUUCCUCUUCCUGCUGGUGGUGGUGGUGGCGCUGAGCCAGGGAACACGGCGCUGCCGGGAGGCGGACGUGCUGCUCGGAGAAGGGGAGGUGCAGCGCAUAGGCGGCGGAACAAUGAACGGUUAUGGUUAUUAUGAUAUGACCGUGUACCUGUGGCCCGAGGAAGGCUUCCUUGGUGUGGGUCUGCAGGCCCUAGUGGACACCCGAAAUGGAACAACGGUGAGGCGGGCCGCGUGGCUCUCCAAGGACAGCCUGUUCACCGCCGCCAACACAACCGCCUGGUGGAAGUUGAGGGUGGGGGUGUUGAAGUAUCACAGUCACCGUGUGGUGUUCGAUGCACGUCUUGGUGAUAGUUGGAAGCACUGUUACUCUCGGGGCACCGUUGACAAGCUACAGGGUCUGGACGUGGUGGGUUACGGCCCGUCACGAUGGAGACAUACGGAACCACCACCUGAGUGUCCCUAUCAAGAAACUACCGCAUGGUCCUGGCCACGAAACACACCCACCUGCACGGCGCCCCCACCCAUCACACGAGCCACUACACCCGCGCCCAUCACACGAGCCACUACACCCGCGCCCAUCACACGAGCCACUACACCCGCGCCCAUCACACGAGCCACUACACCCGCGCCCAUCACACGAGCCACUACACCCGCGCCCAUCACACGAGCCACUACACCCGCGCCCGACCCUUUGUUGGUGGCAGCGGUGACAGCAGUGCUGGUCGCCCUUGUGACGGCCGUGGCAGCAACACUGAUAGCGGCGGACUUGUUCCGCACACAACAGCGUCGCGGAGCGGAUCAGAACGCCGCCUAGACCAGUACACGCCCGCCGCCCCGAGUGACCAGCAGGAGACCCUUGAAGGCGGCAGGGACGGGGCUCCGGGGCACAGAGGCGCCCAUUGUGUGUCUCUAUAUCCUCUAUCAACCUGCCCCCCCCCCUCCCUCUCUCUCUCUCUCUCUCUCUCUCUCUCUCUCUCUCUCUCUCUCUCUCUCUCUCUCUCUCUCUCUCUCUCUCUCUCUCUCUCUCUCUCUCUCUCUCUCUCUCUCUCUCUCUCUCUCUCCUCUCCUCCUCCUCCUCUCCUCUCCUCCUCCUCCUCUCCUCUCCUCCCGCGCCAAGGUUGAGUGAAGACAUUCUCCUCGUCAUCCGUGGAAGGAACACCACACAGAAAGCUCUAAGACAUGACAGAUAUAACAUAAGCUUACAACGAGAAUACAAAGUCCUGAAGAAGAGAGUCACAGCCGUGAUGGGUGCUGCCAGGAAGGACUAUUACAGACUUAACACGUCCAGAGGUAACACAACAGCUGAGUGGAGAGUCUUGAAAGAAAGAGUUCCUGGCACAAAGAAACAAGCAAAUAAAGUAAAUGAGGAAUGCAGUGUCGAAGACUUCAACAAUUGUUUUUGCUAAUGUUGGAAAAAAAGCUUUCGAGGAGUCUCAGAACAAUCGCGAAAACUGAUCUCCUGAAAACAUUAACAGUCGUAACACCUUUCGUCCCCAGCCUACCGAUACUGACACAAUCAUUGUCACCAUAAAGCACCUCAAGGAAUCCAACCCACACGGAUCUGACAACAUCUCCCUGAGACUCAUCAAAGACGCUCUGCCAGCAAUUCUACCGCACAUCACAUGUAUCAUAGGUAUACACAAUAACAAGAGGUAUCUUUCCUAAUGCCUGGAAGCACGCUAUUGUCACACCAAUAUUUAAGAAAGGAGAAGUAGGCAACAGAUGGACAAUGUCCUUGCUCCCAGUUGUAUCUGAAAUAUUAGAAAAGAUCGUUGCUACUCAGUUGGUCCAAUUUAUGGAACAGAAUUUCCUCUUUAGCAGCACUCAACAUGGCUUCAGACCAAACUUAUCUACUGAGACUGCUCUCCUACAAGUUUCUAAAAAGAUUUAUGACACCAUGGACAAAGGAGAAAUAUGUCUUUUAACUCUUUGCGACCUAUCUAAAGCUUUUGAUAGUGUCUGCCAUGACAUUCUACUCAGAAAAUGCAAUGAAUUAGGAAUCGACAUAUUUUGGUUUGAAGAUUAUCUAUGUAACAGGACUCAGUCUGUGCGAAUUGGUGGAAAUUUGUCCUCUAGACUACAAGUAUCUUUUGGAGUCCCGCAAGGAUCCAUUCAGGGCCCAUUGCUAUUUAAGGUUUAUGUAAAUGACCUGUCACAAGAAAUUAAAGACUGUUUUGCUAUACAUUAUGCUGACGACACACAAUUCAUUCAAACUGGAAAUACUGAAAAUCUAUCUGAAGUAAUUCUUUGAACAGGACAGACGUUAGAAAAAAUUAAAAACUAUUUUAAUAGGAAUGGUCUCUUGCUGAACUCCAAAAAGACUCAAUGUAUAUUUCUAGGCACAAGAGCUCUGAUACCACGAGUACCGGAUAACACCACACUCAAAGUAGGGGGUGCCUUAGUUAAGCCCUGCCAAAAUGUCGAGACCUUGGGGCUACAUUUUGACAGGAACAUGCUGCUUGAUACGCACGUGACAGAAAUUACUUAAAAAGUAUCUGGCAUGCUUAUGUACAUAAAUCGCCUUCAAUACUUGCUCAGGAGGGAGGCAGGUUAAUUAACAGUGGUUCAGACACUUGCUCCAAGUCACCUUAACUAUGGGAUAACUGUUUGGGGCACCACAAAUAUCACACAGCUGAGAAGGAUUCAAAGGAUACAGAAUUUUGCUGCAAAAGUGGUUACUGGAGGAGCCAAGUUUGACCGUGUAACCAAACUCUGAUAUGAAUUACAAUGGCCAAAUAUUGAACAGAAGUGCAUUUUUGAACAGUGCAUCAUAGUAUUCAAGGCCCCGAAGAAACAUUUUCCCGGAGGACAAUUCUCUUUUCCACGAGUAAGACAAAUAGUUGACACAAACACUGGACUAAAAACUCUACUCUAUGUACAAAAACACACACUGACAUUGGGUCCCGAUCUAUUACAGUCAGAGGGCCAAGAAUAUGGAAUAGUCUCCAAAAAAGUAAAGAAAUGUUAGAGUUUGAAUGGCUUUAACGUCUACCUGAGGAAACACCUCUAGCACAGGUAACUAAUUGCUCUGAUUACUCUCUUAUUAGACUUUAUCUUAUAAUGUUUUACAUGAUGUCCUGGAUAUUAGUCCACGCUUUCUUUUUAUCAGCAAUUAUAUUCUAGUUAUAUUUAAAAAAAAGAAAAUUUCAUCGCACUCUCUGUAUCUUGCUAUGAUCAAUAGUUUUAAGCCUGUAAAGAACAACCAUUGUAUAAAAUGGAAAUAAACAUACUGAUUCUGA